AUGGUCGAUGUUGUUACCAACCAUUUUGGUGCACCUGGACCCGCCGAAAGCGUUGAUUAUACCCAAUUCAAUCCCUUCAAUAGCCCUUCUUACUUUCAUCCAAUAUGCUUCAUAAACGACUAUUCGAAUCAGACACAAGUCGAAGUUUGCGAUAUUGGUACUGAUGCUUAUCCGUUGCCUGAUGUCAAUACAACUCAGGCGGGUGUGCGAACCGCAUGGCAGAAUUGGAUUCAAUACAUGGUUUCUACUUAUUCUAUCGACGGUAUCCGCAUCGAUUCGGUGAAGAAUGUCGAAAAGGAUUUCUGGCAACCAUUUAAUAAAGCAGCUGGAGUCUAUGCAGUUGGCGAAGUCUCUGAUGGCAACGUAGAUUACGUCUGUCCUUAUACAAGCGUCCUGGACGGUGUCCUGGACUAUCCUUCGUACUGGCAAGCAACAAACUUUUUUUCUAAUCCGUCCGCGACAUCCGCGAACUUUGUGGGUGAAUUCAACUAUAUGAAGCAAGAGUGCAAAGAUAUGACAACGCUUGGACCGUUUUCCGAGAACCAUGAUCAAGCACGGUUUGCCUCUCAUACCAGCGAUCUCGUGCUAGCAAAGAACAUCAUGGCCUGGACUCUACUUGCGGACGGAGUUCCCAUCCUCUAUCAAGGACAAGAACAGCAUCUCAACGGUUCCGCUGACCCCUAUGACCGCGAAGCAAUCUGGCUGACGGGCUACAACACCAGCGCCCCCCUCUACAAGUUUGCGACGCAGAUGAACGCCAUUCGAAAGCUGGCAAUUGCAAAGUCCUCUGACUACGUGACUACCCCAAGCACCAUUGUCUACAGUGACGACCACAAUGUGGCCUUCCGCAAGGGUGAUUCAAGCUACAUGAUUCUCAAUGUGCUUAAUAAUCUUGGAUCAUCCGCCCAGACAUACACAGUCAACUUGCCCAACGUCGGAUUUCCUGCCGGGCUGACAGUUGUGGACGUGCUCAGCUGCCGUCAAGUCGUGGUUGGGAGUGACGGGUCGUUGAAUGCUUACUUUACGGGUGGUCUGCCAAUGGUUUACUAUCCGCAAUACUUGCUUUCUGGCUCCGGCUGGUGUGGUUAUUAAUCAUUAAUCAGGAUAAGCAUCACAAGGGAAGAACUGAUGUGCGACUUUCUCAUCCCCCC